AAAUCAACUGUCAAAACUUGUUUUUCCCACUUUUUCCGGUCAAUGCUUUUGGACUGAGAAGACGCAAUUCUUUUGAACUUUCUUAGUUUCUUUCUUUUUUUUUUUCAAAAGACAUACCAUAAAAAAUCUUUUGUGGCAUAUAACAUUCCUAUUGUUUCUGUUUUUCGAUUAAUAUACCUUAAAGUAUUUUUCAUAACCGUUUUGGCUUAAAAUGUUACUUCUCGGAGAUACUUUUCCUAAUUUUCAGGCAAAUAGUACAGAAGGGGUAAUCAAUUUUUACAAAUGGCUUGGAGACUCUUGGGGUAUUCUGUUCUCCCACCCUGCAGACUUCACUCCAGUAUGUACGACUGAGCUUGCAAAGCUUGUCCAGUUGAUGCCGGAAUUUCAAAAACGCAAUGUUAAAGUUAUUGCCCUAUCGUGUGACUCUGUAUGCUCUCAUUGGGAAUGGUCUAAGGAUAUAAAAUUUAUUGCAGGUGCCUCACAGGAAGAUAAAUUUCCUUUCCCAAUAAUAGAAGACAAAAAAAGGGCUAUCGCCUAUAGGCUGGGCAUGAUAGAUCAGGGCGAGUUAGAUUCCACAGACAUGCCUGUCACUGCACGUGCAGUCUUUGUUGUAGACCCUUAUAAGAAAUACAGACUGUCCCUACUUUACCCCGCUUCAACUGGACGCAAUUUCGACGAAAUACUGCGCGUUAUAGACUCCUUGCAGCUAUGUGAUAAAAAUAAGGUAGCAACACCUGCUAAUUGGAAGAUUGGAGAUGACGUCAUGGUGCUGCCUAGUGUGGCGGAGACCAAAGGGUUCAAUCCCCCAAUUACUGUGGUUGACUUGCCAUCAGGCAAGCGCUAUUUUCGCAAGACAAAGAACCCCGAAGAUUGCAAUCCGGAUCUGGAUAUUAUGGAUUGAAAACCUUCCUGUGUAAUUGUAACGUCUUAUUUCGUUAGACAAGUUGAUUGUUUUUUCUAAAAUGUUUACUAAAUUGUAACUUUCAAAAGUGCAAAAUAAUUGUGUUUCAUUGUUUUUCUCAAAUUCUUGAUGAAAUGUGAUAUUUUGCACAUAAGUGGUGACUCACAGUACCACCAACUGGUUCUCUACUUUUUAUUAAUUAAAAAUAUUAUAAUACCAUUAAAAUCUUUUCAUUAUUGUC